AUGAAGCUCUUCCCAGGUCGGCCAUCCGUACCCCAGCCGGAAGAAGGAAUCGUCCCUCUCAAACCAAGUGCCCCGACCAACGCGUUUGUAGAAUGCCCCAGUCCCGCCCGUCGGCUCCUUCUCCAUCUUGAUGAAGCACAUGACACCGGCCUCCGGUCUCACCCAGUCUACGAUAUCGCUGUUGUCCUCGACCCAGCUGGCAACGCGAUCUCUUCACCGCCGCAUCUCGGCAAUGGUUUUCGGGAGCAGCUCGCUCCGACGAGAGAGUAUCUGCUCGGCGAUGAGCUCAUCGAGGACGCUGCCGCUGAUGCUGAUCUGUUCGCAAGCAUUUUCGUACGCAAUGCCGUCUAUCCCUCCGAGACAUUACGUUCGAGUCAUCUCGGGUCAGCUCGUCAGCCUCGGUCGAACACGUCGCCCAUGAGGAGCUUUUGCAGUACUAAGGAUCCCCUUACUAGUGGAUUGUGGAUGGUUCCGGCACUAUCGCUUCACAACACAUACCUAGUAUACGACAUCGCGCUGGUGCGGGCAAAUUUGAAGAUGACAUCUGAUUGA